AUGUCCAAAAAGCCACAGUGCUACAUUUGGAAUGUUGAGCCAUUAACACCUCCCACGACCCACAGCUUUGCAAACAAGACUCUAGCUGUGAAAAAAAUUGAGGUAAGGGCGCGCAAUGCACACGCUGCUGAAGCGGAUUUGUCAGUAUUUGAGCAUUCUCAACCAACUAAUGACUUAAAGCUCGCGCCUCUUAUUGCCUCGACUAUGAAAAUUAAUUGCUCAACGCCUGCAUUAAUUGGUAGCAUAGAGCCAAGUUCGGCUUCCAUUUCUGCGAUCGCUGCUUCAUCACUUAUAGUUAAUUCAGAUGCCGAAUCAAUGGAAGCAUCUUGUUCUUUAAAGAGAGAAAAGGAGAAAAACCGGCGAAGAAAGCGCGAGCCUAUUAUGCUUCCACCUGCGGUUGAGGGUGCAAAGCUGAGCUUUAAGGAAUUGAGGCGAUUGAAAAACCGUGUUUCAGCUACACGCUUACGUCAGCGCUCUCAGCAGCUGCUUCAGUCAAUGCAAGACCAAAUUGAGUACUACCGAGCUCGCUGUGAGUUUUUGGAGAUGACAGUGACAGGAUGCGCUACUUGUGCAAACCUCAACACAGUGCAAAUUGAUGAUAUUGAGCUGUUGCCUGCGUCUAAAAAAGCGAGAAUAGAGACUGUGUCAGACUCGACAGGUUAUAUUAACGACGAUGAAGGAAUAUUGCUCACGGAUACCGAGUGUGUCGUGCUUCACAAUGUACUGCACAAUUGA